CAUUUGUUUUCUAUUUUGAUAAAUUCUCUCUGUUGAAAAUUUGGGACCACUCUGCUUUAGUAGUACCCUUAUACUCUGUGUGUUUUCAAACGCAUGGAUAUAGGUGUCAAAUUUGUUCCAAUAACUUUCGAGUGAUAGAUAGAUAGAGAGAGAGAGAGAGAGACAGACAGACAUAUAGCUCGCUCUGGCCAGUCAUGGUAUUAGCUGUCAGUAGCCAAAGAAUCGACAGGCUAGCAACAGGCAUGCAGGCAGACAGACAGAUACUUCACUAGCAGUGAGCACUUUCACUUCUGACAGCUAAUAGCAUGACAGUGCCGAAAAUGCUUGCCCAAGAUGCUAUGCAGUGGGAUUGAACUGGAAACCAUGUGGUUGGGAAGCAAACUUCUUACCAGAUAGCCAUGCCUGUCCAGAAAUAUGUUGUUCUUGUUGAUUAGUCAUAACCAACAUGUCUUUCUCCUAAUCAUUGUAUAUUUAGGAGUACAUUAUUCAAUCUAUCCUAUUUUUUCUGCUGGCAGUUUGAAGCAAGAGAGUUUUGGCUGCUAUUUCUAGCAUCUGGAGUAACUACCUAGAUGUCUCCUCAGAGGCUCCGGCAGAAAUAUGAUUAUCUGUAAACUGUUGAGAAUUUCAAAAACACAAUUCGUUCCUUGAGACUUUGAUUUUAUGAUGUUACCUUGGCAAUUAAUUACCUUGAAGUUGCAAACCUCACUGUGACAAAGAAAGAUAACAAACUACAAAGGUUAGACUAAUGAGUUCAUUAAAAAGAGGACAUUGUUUACAUUGCUGAUAGCCAAUACAGUUUGAACGAAAUGACUGGGAAAGAACAACUACAGAAGGAGUACAUGUUGAUGCAAAGGAAAUUGAAAGAUGCUGAUAGCAAAAAGCUGAAACUCUGCGAUAUUAUAAAAAACUUAGAUACUUCUUAUCAACGAUCGAAGGGAAGCGUUAUGAGAUACAACCAGUUGAAAAACAUUAUAAAAGCAACCAUUGAUGAUAAAAACAUACUUUUCCUUCAAGAAUGUGUCAAAAGGGAAUCGCAUGAAGGUUCACAAAGAUCUUCGAGUAUCACUGGUGGUCUGUUGCAGCGCUGUGCAGAGUUUGCUGGAAAGUCCUCGGAAAUAGCAGACAAAAACGUACAGAUUAAUGCAAUUACUUUUAUUCCAACAGAGGUGAAAAAAUUAGACAAGACAAUGCUGAAGAAUGGCAUAGAAGACACAAGGAACAUUUUGUCAAACUACCAGAAGGCUUUCAGGAACAUGAAGCAUAUAAUUGAAAGGUUGAAAAAGGAUUAUGAAGCUUCCAAGCAGUAUCCACCAAAUACAAGAUAUAAUGAACUAAAACGAAUGAUCAAAGACACAGUAGCAGCAUCUGAAAAGCAAUGGGUGUGAUUCCUCUGAGAGGCUGUUCAAUGGGACAUCUUUUGUUUAUGUGAAUGUGUGAUCAAGCUGGCAGAGAUGGUGGUAAAUUACAAUCAUGGACUAACCUAUGAUAAUUUGAUCUAUCAUUCCAUGUAUAUAUAUAUAUAUAUAUAUAUAUAUAUAUAUAUCAAAUAUAAUAUAUUAAUAUAUAAAGUAUAAUAUAUAUCAAUACAUAAAGUAUAUACAGUAAAUCCUCGAGUAUAAUCCACACUUUUUCCCCAAAAUUUAAAGGUUAUAUGAUGUUAAAAGUGAAAAAUAUUUUCUAAGUGAUAAAUAUGUAAAGGCAAUUUACUUAAUAUUUAUUUUUCACUGACGUUAUUACUGUUAUUUCUUUAUUUUCUACAAACAACAAAGUGUAUAAAAAAGCUACACGUUUGCAUUGUUAUAUAUACAAUAAUAAUAAAGGAUGUUACCGUAUGCGUAUUAUACACAAGGUUUAGGUUUUUCAGAGGUACAGCCCCCUAAAAAUCCCCUGUGUAUUAUACUCAAAGGCGGACUAUACUCGAGGAUUUACGGUAUAUAUAAUUUAAAUAAUAAGGGUGAAAAAUUGAAUAUUAAUUUGAUUAAUAUCAAUUUAAAAUCAGUGGCCUAGCAAAUUGAAAUAAAUCUGAAGAUUCAGAAAAAUUAUAUUACAUACAUAUGAGAGAUAACCACUAAGUGGACAUCCUUUUUGCUAGAAGUAAACCACUUACGAACAAUCUUUUCUUAGUGGUCAACUUCUAGCAAAAGAGAUGUCCACUUAGUGGUCAUCCCUCUUAUAUGUAUAUAAUAUAAUAUAUACAAACAAUACAGGGUAUUUGUAAAGUAACACAACACACGAGUUCUCUCCCAUCGGGUCUGUGCAUUUAGGCUUUCGAUCGAUGGGAGAGAACUCUAGUGUGUUGCGUUAGUUGAAAAGCACCGUAUAUAAAAAGGACCUACUUAAGAGAUGAUAUAUAAGCAUAUAUCGUAUGAAUAUAUAUGAUAUAUAAACAAAAAAUAUAUAUAAGUUCUGUUUCAAAUUGGAACUAUUUUUUUCGUUUUUUUUGUAUCUUUUGAUAAUUAUAAAUGUCAGCUGAGAUCUGAAAAACGUUUUUCUAAAAAUU